CUAAAAAAUAUUACAGUGUUCAGUUUUCUGUCUUUGUCCCUUCCUUUCACAUUUUUGCAAAAAAUUUGUCAUUAAAUUAUAGAUUAGUUUCUGGCUAGCUUACUCUCUAAACCAAUGAGUAAAUUAGUGAAAAGGAAUCCAAAGUGGAUAUAUGUUAUUGUUAGGUUAUGUUUCACAAGUAAUUAUCUUUUCUCUAGUUACUAGAUUUUUUUUUUGUGAAGUCUCUAGUUACUAGAUAUUCAUACAUAUCAUACGUUUACAACAAGCAUCUUCUAAGUACCUAUAAAUCAAGGAAAAAAAUGUGUUGAAGAGAAAUAUUCAAUACAAUAGAUUCAAAAGUGCUGAAUGAAUCUCUCUCUCUCUCUCUCUUCCACUCAGUUUGAUGCCACCUAUGUCAUUAACUUGGAGACAGAACCAAAGCAGAACCUGGCGUUUACAUUAGCACGGGCUGUUGCCGCGUGUCCUCUUUCAAAACCUGAUUUGCCGCGUUUAAACUACUUUUUUUUGGGUGUAAACUACUUGUAUCUUAUAUUUUAAUUUUUACGAGCGUAUAAAUUUAGUUUUAUAAUAAAUGUAUUAACCUCUUCUGUAAACGAAUACAUUUGCUAAUCUUUAUCAAUAAAGUAAAUAAUAUUUUUGUUUGAAUUUGGUCCGUUUGAGUUCAAAACGAAUACGCUACGAAACAUGUUUUACAUGAAACUUUUUUUUAAAUGUUUUACAUGAAAUUUGUAAAGAGGACUGGUCAAAGUGUAAUUCUUCCGGAACUUCUUGAAGUAUUUGAUUGUGAUAUAAAAGAGACUUAGACCAACUUCUCUGUUUGGCAAAAAAAAAAGACCAACUUCUUUAUCUUCUUGUGCUUUAAUUAGUACUUGAUUCCGUGUUCUACACAGCAAAGAUCUACAUAUGCAUGAAUUACAAGGCAGCAAUUUGUGGUCCAUAUGUUGGAACUCAUAUAGAUUUAUCUAAUAUCGUUGUGAUCGUCAAUUCAAUACAUAAUUUUUCUUCUUAGUAUAUAUAUUUCCGGGUUUUUUCUUCUUAUUAUUUCCAGUUUUAUGUAUAUAAUCUUGACAACUACGUAUAACAAAAUAUUCAUAGCAAGAGAUAAGACUAUAGCAACUAUCAUCAUGGUACGGCAACUUGUUUAUAGGACAUUAACUACUUGAAAGAGAGAUACCACAAGAGGUUAAGUCUUAAAAGUUUUGAGAGACCCUAAAGAAAGAGAUGGUCACAUGGGUCGAUUGACUUUGACGUCCGAAAUAAAAUCAACCUCACACGUUUACUUCACCCUUUCGUUCAAUUGUAUUCACACUUAUCCACGCCCAAUGAUGUUGCUGGUAAGCCAAAAUAAGUUGUGAACUUCCGUAAUCUAGUUAUGACAAGAACUGAUUUGAUUUUUUGAAGUUUGGUAAAAAUCUUAAACAAGUACAAUCUAAUUCUUUAGUACCAAUCCUGCCAGAAACGACCGAAUCCAUUAUAUUAGGGAUAAGAUAUCUCACUUCAGAAAUUUAAGAGAACUUUAAAGAGUAAAGAUCAAUUCAAUUAUCAUCAAUUAGUUUUAAAUUGGAAACCAUAAUAAAAUUGAAUCUAAUAUGAUAUCAGACCAUAGAUCCUGAAAACCUGAAACCCCUAAUUAAUAUAAUUUCUCUACUUAAUUAAUCCUCUCGAUCAGGUAUAAUUGUUAUACUAAACUCGUUCGACCGAGUAUAAAUAUCUUAAAAUUUUGAGAUUUCUGAACGAUAAGAGUCAUCAUCUCGAAAGGGAGAUAAGAUAUCCCACAUCAGACAUUUAAAAAAAACUUAACUAAUAUAUAAAUGUUAUGAUCAAUUAGUUUUAAGUUGUAAUCUCAUAAUAAACCUGAAUCUAAUACAUUAAACGGUCUCUAGAAAUUUUACAAUAGACGUUGUUUACCAGAUAUAACAUCUAUAAUAUAAUCACCAAAAUUUCACUCCUUAAAUCCUUAAAUAUGGCUGGAUUCCACAGUUUAAUGUCUAAUACCUUUUGAAAAAAAAAUUCUGAAAGAAGAUAUAGGUCUAGAGGGAGCAUAUAUUUUAAAUGAUCCCUUGACUAAUUUAUCACUUAUUAUAUUUAAUUCAUAUUAACUUUUUCAUAUGUUUUGGAUACAUUCGUGUGGCAAUUCAAAACUCUUUAGUUCCUCCACUUAUUUCUAUUAAAUCAAAGUAAAUGUGUGUGUAAUGUAUUAGAUAGUUUUUAAUGCAAAUGUGUUACCAAAAACACAAUAACUUUGUCAAAAAAAAGGAUGUAGGUUUAGAGAUUUGGAGAGUAGAUUAGGUCGGUUAUAUCAGGUAUGCAUAUUUGGAAUGUUUAAACAUCUGCUAAAUAGGUUUAAAAGUUUGACAAAACACGUGUUUAUAAUAAUAGCCUACCAACGAAAAUAAAUUAUGUAUUCGUUUCUAUAUGAUAUUUGGUGAUUAAAAUGUCAGUUAGUACUUUCCUUUAAAUUUGGAAGUUGAGAAUAAUUUUGACAAAUUUUCUCUAAUGGAGUCCAUUAACGCUUGUUAAUGAUGGUUUAAUGGCUGGCUAACUGUGUAUCUAAAAUAGUUUGAUCAACGGUAAUAACGAGCUUUUCCGUGUUUGAUUAAAAAUCUAGUGUGGCUCAGUUUCUGUUGUACAUGGCUUUCCUGUAGUAAAUUAAAAAAAAAAUUGCUAAACGAAAAUAAACAUUCAGUGCGACUUAGUUUGGCUAGUUAUUCUUCUCCAAGCUGGUUUUUGUUUAGAAUCCGUUUGGUUAAAGAUAAACCAAAAUUACCAAACAUAACUGUCUAAUGUAGUCAUAAAAGACUAAAAAGUAAAAACCCUAACGUCCGCCACAAGUAUUUCCGAAUUUUUCUCUCAGCUUCACAUUUUUGCUAAAUUUGCGGGAAAUCAAAUCUAAUCCUCAAAACUCAACCAAAAGGCCAACGAGCAAACGCGCGUUAUACUCUUUUCCAGAAAUGGGGAAGAGACCGCCGAUCCCACCAGACAUAGAAAACGGAACUCCACCAUUACCACCGUUACCACCACCAGCUCGACCGCCGUUUCGCCCUCCUAUUCCCGUGCCAUGGUACGCAUGGCUCGUGCCUCUCAUCUUUGCUGCUAACUUCAUCACAUUCGCCACCACAAUGUACGUCAACGAUUGCCCCUCGAGAUCAGAUAACUGUCUCUUGUUUGAUGUCCUUGGAAGGCUUUCGUUUCAACCGAUAAAGGAGAAUAUGCUUCUUGGUCCUUCUAUUCCCACGCUGAGAAGACUUGGAGCUCUAGAAAGGAGACUUGUCGAGGAAGGUGAAAAAUGGCGUCUCAUCUCUUGCAUAUGGCUUCACGGUGGGCUCCUUCACCUGCUGGCUAACAUGAUCAGCCUCCUCUGUAUUGGAAUGCGUCUUGAACAAGAAUUUGGAUUCUUGAGAAUUGGAGCUUUGUAUGUGAUCUCCGGGCUUGGUGGAAGCAUUAUGUCUUGUUUGACAGAUUCAAGAGGAGAACGUGUAUCAGUAGGAGCAUCAGGCGCCUUGUUCGGGUUACUCGGUGCAAUGCUCUCAGAGCUGAUCACAAACUGGACAAUCUAUGAAAAUAAGUGUACAUCACUUAUGACAUUGAUCCUGAUCAUUGCACUGAACCUAAGCGUCGGAUUCUUACCACGUGUAGACAAUUCUGCUCAUUGUGGAGGAUUCUUAGCCGGUUUUUUCCUAGGGUUUGUCCUUCUUCUCCGUCCGCAGUACGGAUACGUGAACCCCAAGUAUAUUCCACCUGGUUAUGACGUGAAACACAGGAAAUCAAGACACAAGUGUUAUCAACAUGUCUUCAGGUUUACAUCGCUAGCCAUUCUCCUUGCGGGAUUCAUUGCGGGAUAUACUAAGCUUCUAAGAGAACAUACAGUAGAGAGCGUGCCAUUCAGAGAUGUCAAUUAGCAUCUGUAAAAGUUCAUUUCACAGGAUCCCAAGAUAUUUUCAUAUAUGAUACAACACCAUCACCAGAAAAGGUUUUACAUUUGAUGAUUCGAGAAGUAAUUACAUAUGUACCGGUUUUUCAAGGCUGUUGUAACUGUACUCAUGUGUAUGAAAAAGCAUAUAUUAACCUAGGAAACAUUUUUUAUAUAUCUAGUUUCUUUUGUAGCAAACUAGGAUCACAAAUCAAUUAUGUAGUAGUAGAACUGAUGUUUCGUUAGCGUGAGGUGUCUCCCCAAUUUCGAAACAAACCUACGAACAUUGAAUAUUGAGCAAAUAAACACUAUAAAUCAAAGCAAUAUAUUUUGUUUUUUUUUAUCUUGACAAGAGCAUUACUUUCUGUCUUGAUAUGAGCAUUAACUUUUAUUCCUACGGUUCCAUAAUCAAUAUGCUUUACUCCAUACCCUUUGGGUUUGUUUGUGAGUGCUUCAAAGCCUUGAAACACUUCCGAGAUCUCUAUAGCUUCUUCGAUCUUAAUAUCACCAAAUUAUGUAAUAUCAAUGAACAUCAGAAAAGUAGAAGGUUUAUUAGUUGAACAAAUCGACUUAAAUCAUAAAGUUCAAAAGAUUAAAUACCUUAGAGCCUAAAGAACAAAUCAAUGACUCAAUAUCUUCAAAUUUGAUUGUCUCAAGUUUUUUCAACAUGUGUUUGACUGCAUAAGAAGCUUCAGAUAAACUUUGUAGCAUAAGCAUCUCGGAAUGAUCCCAAUAUCAGCAAUGCUCCUAUUAAAUUUAGCAACACAACAGUUUCUUUUUGCAUCUGAAAUAAAUAAAAAAGUCUUUCAAUAAAUGCUAGGUGGUUGCCCACGAAUUCACGGAAGUAAAUAUUAUAUGAAAAUAUAUAUUAUGUAUAUAAUGUCAUAAUUUUGAAUAAUAAUUAGAAACGUAUAAAAAUGUCAUUUUAAACUUCAAUAGUUUGAAAAUCAGUUGUAAAGUUUCCAUAAAUUUGAUGUAAAAAUAACUGAUGAAUAUUUAGUAAUAACAAAUGCUUGUGGAAUUGUAUAUGUAAUUAUCACAUUAACUUCUCCAAUACAUAUUAUGCAUCUUUUUCGGUCUUUUCUUAUUUUUUUCGUUAUCAUUUUGUUCUUUUUAUUAAAUUUUUGUUAAUAUUUUCCAACUUUUUCUACAUAUUUUUUUGCCAAAGGUUUAUUUCUAUCUCUAAAUAGAAAUACAAAACAUACAAUCAAUGAACUAAAAAUCCAUCUUAGAAUUCUUUUCAAUCAUAACAUACUUUAUUCACUAUGUUAUUUGACUUGAAUGAAAAACAUUUUUUAAAUCAAAGUUCUCACAUUUUCCGUCAAAUAUAAUCUGUCCAAUCUCCAAAGCUAUUUAUAAAACAUAUAUGGACAUAAUAAGAGAUUAAUAAUUAUCAUAGAUACGACUAUAUUUUUAUAUGAAUAUGAAAUCAUUAUAUUGAAUUCUAUAAAAAAAAUCUAUUCAUUAUUUUAUGUAGUAUAUAAUAAAAAGAACUGAUCAAACAUUAUUACACUUUUUAUAAUUUUGAAAAUUAGGUACCAUUAAUUAUUAUUUGUUAUAUCAUUUAGGUUAUUUGGCAAGCGAUAAUAAUUAGUUUUAGACUUACCUUUUAUUUUAGAUGUAAUUGAAAUAUUAGAAUUUAUAAAAGAUUUUGUUCAAUAUAUUAUAUUGUUUAUAAAUAUAAAAAUAAUUGAUCAAACGUUAUUAUUCUUUAUAUAAUUUCAAAAAUUAGUUAUCAUAAAUAAUUAUUUGAAAUAUAAUUUAGAUUAUUUGGCAAGUGAUAUUAACUAGUUAUAGAUUUAAUUUUUAUUUUAAAUGUAAACUAAAAUAAAUAAAAUUAAAACAAUUUUAGUUAUAGAAAUGUUAUCUUGUUUAGUCAGGAGUACCUCAGUUUUCCUUAAUUUUUUGUAUCAACCAAACAAAUUAUAACAAUUUUCUUAAGACUUUACAAAUGAUCGACAUGUAAGCAAAAGUCAUUUAAGUGACUUUCCGUUUAACAUAUUAGGGAACUUUUAUUAUUUAUAAUUUUUUUAUAAAAUCAUAGAAAUAAUUUAAAAUUAAGAUAAAAUAAUUUUGGAAGACAUGAUCUUAACAAAUCUACAUUUGAAUACAAUAAAUAAGUUAUAUAAUACCUAAAUUAAUUUCAAAUAUAAUUCUAAUUUGAUGUGAUUUCAUUCCAUCUCAUUCACUUAAUUAUUUAUUCUGAAUUGACUAUAACUACAUUCUUUUUGUUUCCACUUAUUAUUCCAUAAAACUUAUUUGAAUGAGAUUUAUUUAGGGCAAUUGUCCAAAAGAACACCUUUGAAGUUUUUAUCACAAAAAAUGACACCAGGAAAUGAAAGCCACAAAAAUGACAUUCAUUAAAGAGUAAAAUGUCACUACUACCCUUGUGUUAUAAGAAUAAAACAAAACACAAACGAUUCAUUUUUCCCACUCGCGAAUCUUCGAACUGUGUCGUCUCCGGCUCACGAAUCUGGUUUUAGGAGGCUGUCAACAAUGGAGAUAUACUCUGAGCCGGAAUAUUGGUUGAUGGCUAGUUUCACAUGAUCUAUCAAUUGGUUUGUAUAUAUUUGUUUUCUCUAUCUAAUUCAAAAUUUUCAGUUUUCAAUUUCAAUUGUAGAUCUAAGAUCUGGAUACAGACCAUUGGUUUUGUACAUAUUGUUGUUAAUAACAACCAGAUCUUUCAAUUUGUUUGUAUAUAUUGUUGUUUAUGAAUCAAAUUCAACUUUUUAGUUUUCAAUUUAGAUUAUAAGAUUUGAAUACAAGUCAUUCGUUUGUUCAUAUUUGUGGCUUUGGUUUGUAUAUAUUUUUGCUUAUCUAUCUAAUACAGUUUUUCGGUGUUCAAUUUCAAUUACAAAUAUAUGUGUCUAAUUCAACUUUUUUUUUUAGUUUUCAAAUUAAAUUACAAAUCUAAUAUUUUCAAACUAUCCAUUGUUUCAAAGGUCUUGGUUUUCAUUUUCAUUUUCAUUUUCAAUUAGAAUUGUUUAUACAACUGUCCAAGCACAUAGUUCAACUCUUGUACAUUGUUUUUCAUUUUCAAUUACAAAUACAAAUAUUGGCUUUCAUUUUCAAUUAGUCAUUUACUGUACAUUGUUCUUCAGCCUAUGCUCAGAUAUUUUUGUUCUUAGGGUUUUUGACAAUCUUUUCCAAAUUCGUUGUGGUCUGUUUUUCUCCCUUUUUCCCAAUCCCUCUCGGAUCAUCUCUAGUUGCUUGUAAUCGAGUUCAAUCUUUUCCAAAUCCGCUGAGGUAUGUUCUUCUCCAUUUUUCCAAAUUUGUCAUCAUGUCUAGCUUGAAAUCAUCAUUAGCUUGUAAUCAAUUUACUCUUUACUUAAAAAAAAAAGAAUCCGUCUCUAAUCAUCUCUAGCUAGCUUGUAAUCGAUUUACUCUUUUCUAGAAAAAGAAGAAGAAUCCAUCUCUAAUCAUCUCUAUAUUUUAAUCAUCUCUUGCUUGAAAUCAUCUUUAGCUUAUAAUCUAUUUACUCUUUACUCUUUUCUAGAAAAAGAAGAUGAGUGAUGUGGAAGCACAUCUCUCUAGUGACAAAGAUUACAAGUCUUUAUGCUUCCAAAAUGGACUCACUAUUCUUCUUGUCCGAGAUAAAAAGGGUGUGAAGAUGAUAAGAUCAUAAGAUGUAAUGAAAGCAUAUUUUAGUUAGAGAAAUUCUUGGGUUCACCCCCUAGGUGAACCUAGAGGUUCACCAACCAAUACUGGUUGAGUAUUUGAUAUUUGAUAUCUUUUAAAAAAGGAAAUAAAAUUGAAUUUCCAAAUAUGAUAUAAAUUUUUAAAAUAAAAUAAUAAAAAUACAUAAAUAUAGUUACAAAAAAUAAAUAAAUAAAUAUUGUUAAAAUGUUAGCAAAAUACUAAAUCCUAUACUCUAAAUUUUAAAUUCCAAACCCUAAAUUAUAAACCUUAAAUUUUGGAUAAACCGUAAACCAUUGGAAAAUUUUAAACCCUAAAUCAUACAU